UGGGGUCUUGGCUCUUUUAUCCAUCUCCACAGCAGUAUCACAAGUGCAUCCUAUCAUAGGACACUUAUUUGUUAUGAUAUCUCUAAGCUUCAGAACCAAUAUCCCAACAAUAAUGGGAUAUUCUAACAUGAUGGUGCCUCGCCUGAACCUUAAUUCUAUUAAGAGCCUUUGGUCCAAGGUUGAAAAUAAGCUUCGAAAACGUCACUCAAGACCUGGCAACCUUAAUAAGCUUGAGAAGAUAGUUAAGAAAGAAUGGGAAGCAUUAUCCCAGAGUUAUUAUAGGCAUCUUGUUGAAA